AAGAGUCUAAUCCAGGAUGGAGAUGUGAUUAUCGGUGGACUUUUUAACCUGUAUCACAUACCUUCAACUGUAGAUGAGGACUACACAAAGAAACCACACUAUGAACCUUGUACUGGCUUAGAACUGGAGCCGUUAAAAUACUCUUAUGCCAUGGUGUUUGCUGUGGAGGAAAUCAAUCGAAACAACACCCUGCUACCAGGAGUGAAGCUGGGUUACCGUAUACUUGAUAGCUGUUUCCUGUACCCGUGGGCUCUGCAAGGUGCAAUGUCAUUGGUUGGAGGAGACACACACAGCUGUGGUCUGCCUGUACCGAUGAUCAUUGGUGCUGCAUCCUCUACAACAAGCAUAAUGAUGUCCAGCACCCUGGGGCCUCUCUAUGUACCAGUUAUCAGCUACCUGUCAAGCUGCCCCUGCCUUAGUGACAGGCUUAAAUAUCCUAAUUUCUUCAGAACAAUUCCCAGUGAUGUUUACCAAGCUUGGGCCAUGGCACAAUUGGCCAUUCGCUUCCACUGGACAUGGAUAGGAGCAGUGGUGGCAAACAAUGAUUAUGGUCAGCUUGCAAUACAGGUAUUCCAGAAAGAGAUUUUUGGGAAAGGAGUGUGUUUGGAAUUCAUUGAGACCCUCAAGACAGAAACUAUUGUGACUGAUGCAAAACGUGCAGCACUCACAAUUCAAGCUUCGACUGCGAGGGUGAUUCUGAUCUUCUGCUGGUAUACUGAAGUAAAGAAACUGCUUCUGGAACUGGCCAAGAGAAAUGUGACUGACAGACAGUUCCUGGCAAGUGAGGCUUGGAGUACCAGUGAUGAUCUUCUCCAAGAUCAAACCAUCUCUAAAGUAACAAAUGGUGUUCUUGGUGUGGCCAUUCGUAGUUCAACUAUACCUGGAUUUGAAAAUUAUCUCAGAAGUUUGCAUCCAAUUCGUCGUCCUAAUGAUGUUUUCUUAAGAGAAUUCUGGCAAAAGGAAUUUGGUGGAACAGAGUCCCUGGAGAACGUGGAAAAUCACUUUACUGAUACCUCUCAGCUAAGGGUGGCAUAUAAUGUCUACCUUGCCGUUUAUGCUGCUGCCCAUGCCCUUCAUAGCCUUCUCUCCUGUAAUACCCAUACAUGCACCUUUCAGAAAAACAUCAAACACAUAGAGCUGUUACAGCAAUUGAACAAAGUGAACAUCACCACACCACAUGGGGAAAGGUUUUACUUCCAAGGUGCUGACAUUGCAGCAAUGUAUGACCUCGUUAACUGGCAGAAACAACCAGAGGGGCAACUCAAACUUGUCUUGGUUGGUCGUGUGGAUGGGUUUAACCUCCAUCUUAAUGAGUCAGCUGUGCAGUGGAGCUCAGGAUCCAGUCAGGUUCCUUUUUCAGUGUGCAGUGAGAGCUGCCCUCCAGGUACCCGAAAGGCCAACAGGAAAGGAGAGCCUCUCUGCUGCUUUGACUGUAUCCCAUGCACUGAGGGGGAAAUAAGCAAUGAAACUGGUGAGGAAAAUUGUCAGCGAUGUCCAUCUGAGUUCUGGUCCAAUGUUAUGCAAACUGCCUGCGUCCCUCGUCAGUUGGACUUCCUUUCCUUUAACGAAACAUUGGGCAUCACUCUGACAACAGUGGCUGCAUCCGGUGUUGUGGUGACAACAGCUGUGUUUGUUCUAUUUUUUUGCAACCGCCAAACACCCAUGGUACGAGCCAACAAUUCAGAACUCAGCUUCCUGCUUCUUCUGUCCCUGAAGCUCUGCUUCCUGUGCUCACUGGUGUUCAUUGGUCGUCCAUCAGUCUGGUCCUGUCGGUUUCAGCAGGCAGCCUUUGGGAUCAGCUUUGUACUUUGUGUUUCCUGCCUUCUGGUUAAAACCCUCGUAGUGCUUGCUGUUUUCCGCUCAGCUCGGCCUGGUGCUGAAACCUUGAUGAAGUGGUUUGGUCCUGUUCAACAGAGAGGGAGUGUCUUUCUCUUCACCUGUAUACAGGUUAUUAUCUGUGCCACAUGGUUGUCCAUCAGUCCUCCAGCGCCUCGACGUGAUCUGGGUUUCCAAGGAUCAAAGGUCACACUAGAGUGUGCCAUGGAUUCUCUGGUGGGCUUCUCUCUGGUUCUUGGCUACAUUGGCCUGCUGGCCUGCACCUGCCUCCUCUUGGCUUUUCUUGCUCGGAAUCUUCCUGACAACUUCAAUGAGGCCAAACUGAUCACCUUCAGCAUGCUGAUAUUCUGUGCAGUAUGGGUAGCUUUUGUUCCUGCUUAUGUUAGCUCUCCUGGAAAAUAUGUUGUGGCUGUAGAAGUCUUUGCCAUCUUGGCCUCCAGCUAUGGUUUACUGCUUUGCAUAUUUGCCCCCAAAUGUUUCAUUAUUCUUUUGAGGCCAGAGAAAAACACAAAGAAACAGCUAAUGGCCAGAUAAUUGAUCUGUUUAAAUGUAAACAUAGACCCUGAAUUGGAAGUUAGAUGUUUCUCUGUGGGGAGAGCCCAUUGGUCUUCCAAUCCUAGGGUAAUGUCCUGAUUCCAAGAACAGAUCAGACAGAAAUAUAUAAUUAGUAACAAACUGAAUAGAAUGCAAUAAUAGUUAGUAAUCAACCCGUGCAUGUUCAGUCAAAAUUUAAGUGAUUUCCUCUCUUUAAGUUUUCUAGAUUUAACUGGUGAGUCCGGAUUUUUCUGUUACUGUUUGCUGUAAUAUUUUUUGUGUUCAAGUCUUAGAUUUGAUUAAAUCUUAUACCAUUGGCAAUGUUUUAUU